AUCGCCUCGACGAGCACCUAUGCUCAAGCCUCGCAGUACCCUCCAGCCGGCGGCAGCUCGUCGACCUACUCGGGCUCGUCGCACUACCCGCAGCACGGCCCCGACGACUCGGAGGACUACGACGACCGCGACUGGGACGGCGGCGACCGCCCGCUCAUGGAGGGUAUCGCGUACAAGGGCCUGCGACGCGCCAGCCUCGACCUGCGCGGCGAGGAGCGGCGCCUCAAGGAGCUCGAGCGCGAGGGAGAGGAGGCCGAGCCGCCAGAGUGGCUCACCCGAGGCGGCGGCGUGUGGGCGGGCGUGUCCAACCUGAGCAACAGCAUCCUCGGUGCGGGCAUCAUCGGCCUCCCGUACGCCCUGCGAGAAGCCGGCUUCUUCGCGGGCAUCGUCCUCCUCGUCAUUGUCGGUAUCGUCACCGACUGGACCAUCCGCCUCAUCGUCCUCAAUGCCAAGAUGUCGGGCCGAAGAACCUACAUCGACAUUCUCGACUCCUGCUUCGGCCGCGCAGGUCGCGCCGCAGCCUCGUUCUUCCAGUUCUCGUUCGCGUUUGGCGGCAUGUGCGCCUUCUGCGUCAUCAUCGGCGACACGAUCCCGCGCGUCCUGCUGUCGCUGGUCGGGCCCGACGCCUCGCCGGUCGUGGCCUUCUUCAUCUCGCGCCCAGUCGUCACCAUCAUCCUGACGCUCGGCAUCUCGUUCCCGUUGUCGCUGUAUCGCGACAUCGAGAAGCUCUCGCACGCCUCGGCGCUCGCCCUCGUCAGCAUGGUCUUUAUCGUCGUGAGCGUCGGCGUUCGAGGUCCAGGCGUCGCCGAGGAGCUCAAGGGCGACCCGGAAAAGCGGUGGACGCUCCUCGAGAGCGGCUUGUUCGAGGCCAUCGGCGUCAUCUCGUUCGCCUUUGUCUGCCACCACAACUCGCUCCUCAUCUAUGGCUCGCUGCGCACGCCGACCCUCGACCGCUUCGCCCAGGUCACGCACGUCUCGACGACGAUCUCGGUCAUCGCGUGCCUGUGCAUGUCGACGUCCGGGUUCCUCGUCUUUACCGACCGCACCCAGGGCAACAUCCUCAACAACUUUAGCGAGGACGACAUGUUGAUCAACAUUGCCCGGCUCUGCUUCGGCGCCAACAUGUUCUCAACGCUGCCGCUCGAGGCGUUCGUGUGCCGCGAGGUCGCCGAGACGUACUUCUGGCCCGACGAGCGCGAGUUCAACAAGAAGCGCCACGUCCUCAUCACGACGGCGCUCGUCCUUUCGGCUCUCGUCGUCUCGCUCAUCACGUGCGACCUCGGGUUCAUCCUCGAGCUCGCCGGCGGCUUCUCGGCGACGGCGCUCGCGUACCUCUUCCCCGCAGCCUGCUUCCUCCGCCUCUCGGGCAGCGGCCGCCAGCUCGCGCCACAGCGCCUCGCGGCGUGGGCCUGCGCCCUCUUUGGCGUGCUCGUCAUGGUCCUUUCGACGUUCCUGAGCAUCCGCAAGGCCGUCCGGGGCGAGAGCCACAAGGUGUGCUGAAACGGAGCCGCGGACGAUUUUCCUCCU